AUGGGCUCCUCGGUGUACAUCACGGUGGAGCUGGCCAUCGCUGUGUUGGCCAUCCUGGGCAACGUGCUUGUGUGCUGGGCCGUGUGGAUCAACAGCAACCUGCAGAAUGUCACCAACUUCUUCGUGGUAUCGCUGGCGGCGGCUGACAUUGCGGUGGGCGUGCUCGCCAUCCCCUUCGCCAUCACCAUCAGCACCGGCUUCUGCGCCGCCUGCCACGGAUGCCUCUUCUUCGCCUGCUUUGUCCUGGUCCUCACGCAGAGUUCCAUCUUCAGCCUCUUAGCUAUCGCCAUCGACCGAUACAUCGCCAUCCGAAUUCCACUCCGGUACAACGGCUUGGUGACAGGUAUGAGGGCGAAGGGUAUCAUCGCGAUUUGCUGGGUGCUGUCAUUUGCCAUUGGCCUGACGCCCAUGCUGGGCUGGAAUAACUGUGGCCAGAAAGGCGAGAACUCCACCACGAAGACCUGCGGCGAGGGCCGGGUGACCUGUCUGUUUGAGGACGUGGUACCCAUGAAUUACAUGGUCUACUACAACUUCUUUGCUUUCGUGUUACUGCCCCUCCUGCUCAUGCUGGCCAUCUACUUACGGAUCUUCCUGGCAGCCCGGCGACAGCUGAAGCAGAUGGAGAGCCAACCCCUGCCGGGGGAGCGGACUCGCUCUACACUGCAGAAGGAGGUCCAUGCUGCCAAGUCCCUGGCUAUCAUUGUGGGGCUGUUUGCUCUCUGCUGGUUGCCCCUGCACAUCAUCAACUGCUUCACCUUCUUCUGUUCCACGUGCCAGCACGCCCCUCCGUGGCUCAUGUACCUUGCCAUCAUCCUCUCCCACAGCAACUCCGUCGUCAACCCCUUCAUCUACGCCUACAGGAUCCGGGAGUUCCGCCAGACCUUCCGGAAGAUCAUCCGAACCCAUGUCCUGAGGCGGCAGGAGCCCUUCAAGGCCGGGGGUUCCAGUGCCUGGGCCUUGGCGGCUCACAGCACUGAGGGAGAGCAGGUUAGCCUCCGCCUCAAUGGCCACCCCCUGGGGGUGUGGGCCAAUGGCAGUGCCCCCCAUUCAGGACGGCGCCCCAAUGGCUACACCCUGGGGCUGGGGAGUGGAGGGAGCUCCCAAGGGUCUCCUGGGGAUGUGGAACUUCUUACCCAGGAGCAUCAGGAAGGCCAAGAGCACGCUGACCUAGGGGAUCAUGGGACCCAGGGUAGAGUAGGAACAUCCUCAUGGUCUUCAGAGUUUGCCCCUUCCUGAGGGAAAGACAUUUUCAUAUUUUUGGUUGGCUGGACCAAUCUCACUCAGAGAAGAAAUACCACACCAGGAAACCCACUGGGCACCUGGCUCCCACUUUUAACUACAAAGAGGGGGAGCAUUGAGCAUGGCUAGAGCAGCAUGGCGCCCAGUAAGAAAGGUCUGGGGUGAAGGAAGCGAUGCUUCGUGCUAUAGGGCCCUGGGUUAGGUCAGGGCUGCAGCCGCAGCAUCUUUAAAGGCAGGGCCCAGUUCCCCUGCUCCAGAAGCAUCCAACAAAAAAGCUGUCUUGUCUCUGUAGAGCAGCUGUGGCUUAGAGGCCUGGCCCGCUGCUAGGGUAUGGCUGCUUCAGGUCUCCUGCUAAAACACUACUCUCCCCCCAGACCGUCUAGGGCUCAGGGAACUGCUGGCCUAGAAGUAGCACCUGGCUCUUUUUGUUUUUCAAGAAGAUGAAAAUGUGAGGAAACCCUUUCUAUUUUACUGACUCCCACUCCCACCCCCACCCCGGCUGCUGGGUCUGUGGUCGAUCCUGCUGUGCGCACCCCCAAGGAAUUGCAGACGGUCCUCUCGGGCUAGCCCAAGCUGCCAUGCACUUAGUCACAGGGCUAUCUCCGGCCAACAAGGUUGGGCUGGAAGACAGCAUCUAUGAAAGGGCAGGGUGCCAGACCGUGGAGAGAGGUUAGAGAUGCCAAGCCAUGGACCCGAGCCUUGGUAGUUCAGAGCUGCCCUGUUUGAGGUCCUGCCUACUGCCUUUCCUUCUGGGGGCGGGGGGCAGGGGGACUUGUUUGUUUGUUUGUGGUUUUUUUUUUUUCCUGAGGUAAAAUAAAAUGAGCCACACCGUGUUUUAAAUUUG